CAUCCUUCGAGAGGAGGUGUUCGAGGCGGUCGAGAUCAAUUCAAAUGGGAUGAUGUGAAGGUUGAUAAACAUCGAGAGAAUUAUCUUGGUCAUAGCAUUAAUGCUCCUGUUGGCCGAUGGCAAAAAGGUAUCUUCUACAUUGUUGCAGUAAUUGGGGUCAUUGUCAUCUUAAAAACUGGGUGAGCAGGGGGCCUGUGGGAAGUGGUAGGCAGAGGGGAGGAAGUCACAGAUGCUAUUGAACAGAGAGCAAAAGUGGUGGUGGGUGGCUCGAGAGUAUGAUCGAUGGAAGGUGUUCACUGACGAGUAUGGGAAAGAUCUGUUCUGGUAUACUCGAGACAAGCAAUCUCCCAGCUCAGAGAUGGAUUCCAUUAGAGAGGAAAUCAAAAGGAUCAAAGAAGAUGAAGAACAGGCUAUGCGAGAAGUGCUUGGCUUGACUCCCAAGCGUGCCAGUCGGCCUCAAGGCAAUCGGCUGGAUAAACAUGAAUACACAGAGCUUGUAAAGAGAGGGUCUACCGCUGACGACCUGGGUGCUCAGCAUGCCGAAGCAAUUAUGGUUCAAGGGCUUGGCUUGUACAAGGCACCUCGCAAUCAACCGGAGUCUAUCACUCUUCAACGGACCUUGGCUAAGGCACCUGGUAAGAAUGAACAAACUACAAUUAACGAAAGUGACGAAGAUCAGUCGAUGGACACACGCAGAAAAAGGAGGCGGCGGGAAGAAAGGGAUGAGAGGAGACCCCGCAGUAGUAAUGAUGAACCAAGACACGAAGAGGGAAGGGACAGAGAAGGUAAUCAUCGGAAGCAUCACGAGAAGAAACGGUCUAAUGAUUCGGACGACAAGCGAAUACACCAGAGCAGGCAUAAAGGCAAGAGCAGGCAUGAUUCUGAUUGAUUCAUGGCUUGUCAUGGCCAGUGACGAUAAAUUCUGUAUCUAUGUUUUCACCUAGAAUUAACUGCAUUUGUUUGAAACAAGCUAAUGGUUAAUCGCUUAAUCUCAAAAGCCAACACAUCUGUUGGUCGUUGGCAGUA